AUGCCCCCGAUACGCGUCCUCAACGUCGCGGAGAAGCCCUCCGUGGCGAAGGAGGUCUCCCGCGUCCUGUCCAACGGCGGAUGCACCAACCGGCGGGGCGCGUCGCAGUACAACGCGAUCUGGGAGUUCCCCUACACCGUCAUGGGCCAGCGGUGCGACAUGGUGUUCACGUCCGUCACCGGGCACGUCAUGGGCCUGGAUUUCCCGCCGUCGCACCGCGGGUGGAACACGUGCAACCCGCGGGAGCUCAUCGACGGCGCCAGGGUCGUGAAGCAGGUUGACAAAGGCAAGGAGAAGGUGGCGGAGAACCUCCGAAAGGAGGCGAGCCGAUGCGCGUGGCUCAUCCUCUGGCUCGACUGCGACAGGGAGGGCGAGAACAUCGCGUUCGAGGUGAUGGACAUCUGCAAACAAUCCAAACCCGGCAUUCGAUGCCUGCGCGCCCGGUUCAGCGCGCUCUCGCACAACGACGUGACCCGCGCCCUCGCCAGGCUCGUGGACCCGAACCCGCACGAGAGCGCCGCGGUGGACAUGAGGCAGGAACUGGACCUCCGAUUCGGAUCUGCGUUUACCCGAUUCAACACGCUGCUCUUGCAGCGGUCGGGGGUGGCCGCCAGGCUGCCGGGCGCGGAUGCGGACGGCAAGGGUAACAUCGUCAGCUACGGCCCGUGCCAGUUCCCCACCCUCGGCUUCAUCGUCCAGCGCAAGUGGGACAUUGACGCGCACGUCCCGGAAAACUUUUGGAAGAUUAAGCUGAGCCACGCGGUGGGCCAAGGACGCGAGGCGUCCAUCGCGGAGUUCGAGUGGUCCAGGGACAGGCUAUUCGAUGAACACCUGGCCACCGCGCUUUUCGCGGCGGUGCGCGGCGCGGGCCAGGCGGUCGUGACCCGGGAAGGGGGAACCGAGAGCAAGAAGUGGCCGCCGCAUCCGCUCAACACGCUCGAGAUGCAGAAGCGCCUUAACCGCGCCAUACGCGUAUCCCCCGAGCAGAUCAUGAAGCUGGCGGAGGAGCUGUACCAGGCGGGCUUCAUCUCCUACCCGAGGACCGAGACGGACAAGUUCCCACACGACUUCGACUACAGGACAUCCAUCGAGCAGCUCCACCCGCAUCCCAAGUUUGGCUUUCACGCGAUAAACCUCUCGGGCGGGCGCUUUCGACAACCCCCGGGCGGAGGCCACGACGACAAGGCGCACCCCCCGAUCUACCCGACCAAGCUCGCGUCGACGCAGGAUUACGCGAGCUGGAGAAACCGAAACUCGCGUUUGAUCGACGUGUACGAAUUCGUGUGCCGACACUUUCUCGCGUCGUGUUCGCUCCCAGCCGUCGCGCACAAGACCACGGUGGAGAUCGACAUGGGCGGCGAGAGGUUCAAAGCCACGGGGAACAUGAUCAAGGAGCUCAACUACCUCGAGGUGUACGGUAAAGGACCGGCGGGUGGGCCGGUGUUGCAGCCAUCGUACGACGGGUGGUCCAGUAACACCAUACCGUCGUACGUCGUCGGGCAGCGGUUCCAACCGACGGAGCUGUCGCUUCGACCGGGUCGCACGCAGCCGCCGCCGCUGCUCUCCGAGACGGACCUGCUCUCGAAGAUGGAGGCGCACCAGAUCGGCACGGACGCGACGCAGGCGCAACACAUAGAGAAGGUGGUGGGCGAGCGCGGGUACGCGCGCAAGGUUGGAGAUAAUCGGUUGAUGCCCACGGAGCUCGGCGAGGCGCUCUGCGAGGGGUACGCUCGGAUGGGACUGGCCGGCAUGUGGCUCCCGCACCUGCGGGCGGAGACGGAGGCUGACACGGGACGGGUGGCGAGGGGUGAGAUGAACGCGACGGUGGCGCUGAGGAACGCCAUCGGACCCGCCAUCGACGCGUACAGGGGAUUGGAGGCGAACAAACAGAGGCUCGUCGACGCAGUGACGGAAUUU